AUGGGUAAAAGGAAAGAUAAUAGCGCGGAUAAAGAUGGAGGCGUACCCCAAGAAUUGUCCCACAAGAAACACAAAAAGCACAAGAAACACAAAAAGGCUCGUGCUGAGCCGGAACCAACAUACGAGCUGGUGGAGGAGCAGGCCCUGGACGAAACCAUGGAAGUGGUCGAAGAAAUCGAGUACAUGGAAGCGGACCCAGAGCCGGAAAUAGUGUCGGAGGUUGAAACGGAUAUUCAAACCACGUUCGAUGCUAGCAACUCACAGAUGGAACUGCUGAACGAUUCGCAAUUGUCCCAGCAACAAAAGGCACUUUCGCCCGGAAAAUCGCUUGCCGCCAUGAACAAGGCACAGAAAAAGAGCCGCAAAAGGGGACGCGAUAGUGGCACGUCUAGCGAGGAAGAACGUUGGCUUGAUGCGAUUGAAUCCGGCAAGCUGGAAGAAGUCGACGAUGAGCUGAAAAAAAUUAAACCGAAAGAUCCCAAACUUAUGACGGCCCGGCAGCGCGCAAUGUACGAGCGUGGGUCAGAUAAAGAGCCGGCGCCCGGCUCGGAGCUUCUAAUGUCGUUGCCCACCGGCUAUAAGGAAAAGGUCAUGACGGAAGAGGCGAUACAAAAGGCUCAGCUAAAAUCCCAAAAACGCAAACAAAUGGCUGACGAGAAGCGGGAAAAGGAUAAAAAGAAAACUAUGGAGCGUUUGCUGAAAAAGCAAGACUCAAAAUCGGUAAAGGCGAUAAAGAACCGUCCGAUUAAGGAAAAGGUACCGAUGAUAACGUACGUUAACAGUAUUGAAGGGGCAACGAUUUCUUUACCGCCGGAAAUAGAUUUUCCUUUAGCAAAGCAAACGCCCCGAGACCCACCAAAACCCACACUGUGUGCUAUCCCUAGCUGCAACAACAUAAAACGGUACAACUGUUCGAGAACGAACAUUCCGCUGUGUAGUUUCAAGUGUUACAAAGCCAACGUGGAAUCAAUAAAGAAAAUCAUCUGUUGA